UCGAAUAUUCUCAAAGUUUGAUACACCAGCUUCUAUACAGGUCCGGCUUCGACGGUGGAAUUUAAGUUCCCGACUCUAUCUAGUAUUCACCAGUUACAAACUUCUUAAUAAUGGGGAGAGUUGCACAGAUACUGAGUUUGAAUGCCCCACUUCACCUUCGUUUCGUGAGACUACGGGUCGUCUUUGUAUGUCCUUUAGUCUGGCGUGCAACGGACUACCUAACUGUGGAGACAACCAAAUCCCCAACCCAGACGAAUCCUGCUAUAAGAUUCAUUGGUCGAGUAUCCUGAUGAGUCUUGUAUCCUAUAUCCUCCUGGCUAUUACUCUUCUUCUGUGUAUGUCCUGCUUUGCCAGGAUAUUGAUACAAUGGUCGGUUCGAUCUUCUCUAUACGACCUCAGAACUGAUUCUACCAGAUCAUCUUCCAGAUUCUUCUCAUUCUUUGGGGGAUCUUUCACGAGAUGGGAACGACCUCCUCCCACAUACAACGAAGCGUUGAAGCACUUUAACCCAGAUACAGGAAGACGACCUCCAGACCCUCCACCAUACUCAGAUAGUUUCAGACCAAGAUUACCUCUUUCCCGCUCCCUCCAGGCCAUCCGGAGUAGUUCUUUCGGAUCCGGGAUCCGGACUCCUCCUCCGGAUUAUUCAAGCUGUGAGGAUAUCAGGCCAAGAAUUAUGCUACGAGAAAUGAGUAGUGACAGCGCUGAAGCUGCCCAAGAACCCUUUCUUGGGCCCAAGUACAGUGAGGGUACCCUUCCAAAAUACCGGCCCAGUACCACCUUGACCCGGCCGGCUAGUACCACUUUGACCCGGCCGGUCAGUACAACUCUGACCCGAACGGCCCGACCGGCCUUAUCAGGGGCCAACAUGGCUUCUCCUUGUGUUGGCAGGCCGGGUCGAAAUGAGUUCCAAUUGGUGCCAAGUGAAAAAGGACACUCUGAUUUAGUUCGUGUUCGAAGGCAGCACAAUUCAAGUUUGAGUAGUGGUCUACCGAUUGAUCGUUUAGGGGACAGUAUAGAAUCUGUUGACCGUCAUACCGUAGCAGACAUCGGGCAUUUCUCUAGUGAAUUAAAAAUACGGAGAAGCAGUACUUUAAAGAGAAAAGACGUAAUCUCAGCCACACAGCAGCAACCUCCUCAUACAGAGGUUAAUGUAGAACACAAUGAUUCUUCUUCUAUGAAGAGGGUUGUUAGAACUUCACAAUCCGGUUUGAUACCAGACCUUCCCAUUCCGGAUCCGGUUCAAGGCUCCCAUCCGGGUCCCCUUGUCGGUAUAUCAAAUCUAAUUCCGGAUACAGUCGACCUGAUAAACCCGGAGUUGACCCGGCGAAGCAAGCUUCAAAACCGCACCUCCAAAUCCGGACUUCUCUUUGAUCCGCCGGAAUAUUCCGAGUCAUUAAAUUCCCUGCUCGGAACUCCGCCCAGCGCAUUACCGGAAGCGAACUCAGGGCGGAGAAAGGACGAAGAGGGACGGAGGAAGGAAGACGAUGGGCGGAGAGUAAAGGAUAAAAAGGCGGAUGAUAUAAACUUAAAAAGCUUUAUUCACACUUCGUCCUGAAAAAUGGUUUAAAUUUUAUAGAUCUUGAUGAAAAAAGAUAAAUUUAAAUUGUAGGGGAAGAAAUUAUUGUAAAAGGGAGGAUUUAACGAAUUAUAAAAAGUGACAGAAAGUUAAAACUUAGCAAUAAAACCCCUGACAGUUAUAUCUGACGCGCGCAAAUUAUAAUAAAUUAUUACAUUUGUGUAAAAUGUUAUUUUAAGUCUGCAGAAAAGGUGUAAAUUCAACUCCAUCAUUUUGUGGGUCUAUUCAACUAUUGCAGUAUUUUAUUCUCCUAGUUUAUUUUCUUAUCAAAUUUGAUCGUUUCUAUGAAUUUAAAGCCACCAGGAUUGAAAGAUGUUUCCUGGAAUUAGCAAAUAAUUUUAUAAUUAGUAUUUUAUGUAUAAGCAUAAACACAUAAUUACCUAUUUCUUUUUAGAAACCGCGUUUUUUAAAUAUGCG